GCGCUCGAUGCUGCAAGUUGGGCAGCAAACCGUUACACUGCACCUACUUCUGAGUUUGGUGUCAUCAAAGAUGGCGAUUUGCUGAGUGCUCAUGGACACAUCUCAUGGUCAUGGAUAAAUAUUAUCUUGCUUGAACUUGUGGUUAUAUUUGGGGUUUAAUGUAAUUUCUGUUUUACUUUUGAAUAUUUUAAAACACAGCUGCAAUUGAAGCGCAAAGGGGAAACCGCGUUAGCUACCGCAACAAUGCAAAUCACGUUAAAAACACUGCAACAGCAGACCAUUCAAAUUGACAUAGACCCAGAUCAAACGGUGAAGGCACUGAAGGAGAAGAUAGAAGCAGAGAGGGGAAAAGAUAACUUCCCAGUGUCUGGACAGAAGCUCAUAUAUGCUGGCAAAAUCCUGCAAGAUGACACACCUAUUAAAGACUACAAAAUUGACGAGAAGAAUUUUGUUGUAGUUAUGGUAUCUAAGGCAAAGUCUGCCACAGCUGCUUCAACACCUUCCUCAGAGGCACCCAAGGCCCCUGUCCAGGACUCUGGGUCCUCGUCGUCUGCGGGCCCGGCCCCUGCAGCCAUCCCUAUCCCCCCAGAGGAGCCCACACCUACAGUCGCAGAGCCCCCAGCUCCAGCCAGCUCAGACCUCAGUGUGGAGGUUCAGGGGGGAGAUGCCUCCUCUGCCUUGGUGACAGGAGCGGAGUAUGAGACCAUGCUGACAGAGAUCAUGUCUAUGGGCUAUGAGAGGGAGAGAGUGGUAGCUGCUCUCCGGGCCAGCUUCAACAACCCCCAUCGGGCCGUGGAGUACCUCCUCACUGGCAUUCCUAGCAGUCCGGUCCAAGAGACUAAUCCCCCAGCACAGCUUCCUGCAUCUGCCCGCACAGGCACAGAGACCCCUACUGUAGCUGAGGGAGAAAACCCUCUGGAGUUCCUGCGUUCCCAGCCUCAGUUCCAGAGCAUGAGGCAGGUGAUCCAGCAGAACCCCUCACUGCUGCCAGCUCUGCUCCAACAGCUGGGCCGGGAGAACCCACAGCUCCUACAGCAAAUCAGCCAGUACCAGGAGCUGUUCAUCCAGAUGCUGAAUGAGCCGGCGGGGGAGGUAGGAGACGUGCCUGAGGUGGGGGACCUGGGUGCUGCAGUGGAGGAGGGAGCUCCAGUCAACUACAUUCAGGUCACACCUCAGGAGAAAGAAGCCAUCGAGAGGUUAAAAGCGUUGGGUUUCCCCGAGGCGCUGGUGAUCCAGGCCUACUUUGCCUGUGAAAAGAACGAGAACCUAGCGGCCAACUUCCUCCUGAACCAGGGCUUUGAGGAUGAAUGAGAGGCGCUGGCCUGCCCUCCUCUCCAGCCCAGCACAAGGACUGCACCCCACUGUAGAGCAACGAUCUUCAGGUCAUUUCAGAGGGGGAGGGAGAGUUAUUAGUUUGGGGGGGGGGGGGGUCUUACAAGCUACACAAAGUAUAUGUUGAUCUAAGGGUGAAAGAGGAAUAAUGAGAUCCACUUGAAUUCCAAUGGAAUGUGUGGGAUUUGUUUAGGGCAGAUAGAUGUAUAUUGAGAUUUUAGAAGAGCUUUGGGAAUGGGAAGGAGGGGGCUGAAGGCUUUGCGGAGUGUGUGUACAUGUCUGUGUGUGUGUGUGUGUGUGUGUGUGUGUGUGUGUGUGUGUACAGGUGGAUGCCAUUCAAUUAAGGUGCAAAGUCAUUGAUAUGCAUAUCUAAGCUUGUUAAUGCUGUAGCUGGUUGUAAUGGAAGCACAUUCUCCUUGAUGCACUUCUACAAUGUUGGUGUAUUGAGGCAAGAGGGGAAAGAGAAACUAAACUGACGGUCAUGAAGAGUCCGCUUGUGGUCUGUUCACUUGAUUGCACCAGUCCCUCACAUUUCCUUUGCCAUUCAAAAACCAACCACAUAGCAAAACACAUUUCUCAUCCCAUGAUAUUGUCAUAUAGGCAAGUACAUUUCACCAGUGGCCAGGCUAUGUUAUAUAUGGGGUCCCCUCACUACACCUCAAAGCUAGCGCUUUUAGUUUUCACUCAGAUAUCCAUGAUCUCUCUGGGUGUGGAAAUGCUCAACAUCCUGAGUAAAUCGAGUGGUAUAGAACAACCAAAAUGACAAAUGGAUGUGUGUAUGCUCACAGGUACAGGUACAUUACUGUGUGGAUAUGUGUCUGAAAAUUAAGUUUUGCUGAAAGGUGCACAGUCCUCUCUAGUGUUACGUCUCUGAUGAGCUGACCAACUCUGACCUUACCUUUACAUAUAAUCCUCUGAAGGGGGGGAAGAGAGAGAUGGCAGGGACCAGUCCUGGGAUGCUGAAGUUACUCAAUUACCUCUUUCCCAAGGCUGAGGAGUAGACACACCACCUUUCUCAUAGGAUCUGAUUAAUAGUACACACGAAGGGCAGCUCAAAUACAACGGGACCAGCUGGUCUUGAGACACUAAGGGCUGGAUUCAGCCCGUAUCGUGUAAAAAUGUAAGAGUAAUUCCCUGUUGAGCCGACAUAUGCAGCAUUUACCAUGAAUGCAGUCUCGGCGACUGUGGGAACAUUGCCUUUAAAUUGUCAAUAGCGCUAUAAAGCGGAUAUUCAGCACUACGGAUUGAAUAGAGCCCAAAAUGUCCAGUAAGAACAAGGGUCCACAUGAAGGUUGUCCGUAUAAAGUCUUUAUUAAACCAGGACCCAGUCAUAGCCAAUCAUUGUCAUCAUCCACAGCCUGAAUGAGCCUAUUCAGACUAUUCAACAGUCUUUAGUGAUGAGGUGAAUCUGAAGUUUAAACCGGCUAUCGCCUAGCUUUAACCACCUGUUUCCAACUGAGAUAGUAAAACAUGAGGCUUGGUUGACACAUGCCUUAUUACACUAAGGAUUCUCAGUGUUUUGAGAUGUUGCUAUUGUGAGUUUUCUGAGGGAACGGAGGGUACCAAGAAAUGUGUGGUUUUAUCAAUACUCACUUUUAUCAAGGUAUGUUUUCUCUUUAACUUAACAUGGCAGGAGUUUAAUGGGUCUAUGAAGAGACAAGCUUUUAUGAGUUUGGAUUGAACAGAUGCAUUCAAAUGUAUUGACUCCCUUGCACAGAAUUUCCUGUUUUCUCUUUUCAAAACUGGUUGAAUGGCUAUUUUUUACCCUGCAGGCACCUUCAACAUGCCACAAGUAGGAUCAAUUACACUCAAACCAAAUUCAUUGUGCAUUUAGUUCAGGCCAUUUUUGACUUAAGUGAAACAUUUCAGUUUUGAUUUAUUUAUUGGACCUUUGAAACAAAUACACAUGUGAACAAAGUUUUCAAUCUCAACUUAUUUUAAAGGAAUAGUGAUCAUGACAAUAUGUUUGACUGCAUCUGUUUUUGUGAACAUGGCUUUUACUGACACUGGCAUUUUACAGCAUCAACAUGAUCCGCUUCAAUGCUCAGCUUCAUUAAACAUCAAUAUAUCA